AAGCCGCACACCAUAAACGAAGAACAAACAUUUCUAGCGCUCUAAUGAUCAGCUUUGGUUCGUUUUUAAAUGCUGUAUCUGUUAUAAGAAGCGCGUUAUUUACACACCUUCAGCCUUACACUAAUGGACAAGAAGCAGCAUUCCGAUGCUGUUGAUGAUGGAAAUUCAGAGGCCGAGAGCUGCUCUGCCCCAUGCUUGGGAGCUACUGGAGGCUCAGACUCGAGGGUGGACUCACAGCUGGCAGAUGGUGUACGCUUAAAAAUGGAGGGUAACGCAUUUUACCGGGAGAAGAAUGUGCGCAGCGCCAUAGGACGUUAUCACCGUGCCUUGCUUGUGCUUCGUGGUGUGGACUCAGAAGUGAUGGCGAGUGUUAGGGGCUUUCAACCCGAGUCUCCCACCCUUACACCAGAACAAGAGGAACUGCUCAGAAGUACACAAAUUGAUUGCUAUAACAACCUAGCAGCAUGUUUACUGCAGCGUGAAGUUGUGGACUAUGCCCGUGUGCAGGAGUACAGUUUGAAGGUUCUGCAGUGGAGGGCUGGGGAUAUUAAAGCCCUUUACAGAGCUGGAGUAGCCACCCUGGAGCUGGGUGAUGCUCAGACUGCCCGGCACUACCUCCUUCAGGCCAGCAGAGGGAAACCUAACGAUGCCAAUGUGAAGAAACAGCUCCAAAGAGUGGAAGAGCGGCUCAGCAAAGACUAUGAAAAGGAGAAAGCCCUCUACAAAGGCAUGUUCAAUAAACAGAAUCAGGCAGAAGAAGAGGAAACUGCAGAGAAGAAGCCAAACCAGGUCUAAAAAGCUUUGAAGAUCUGCACCAGCACAAAAAAAUGAAGAAUGACGCUGAAUAGCAGAAGGCUUACCAAAAAUGUGGGAUACGUGUUGCCCAAGGCAUGGAAUAUAAACCCAUAAAGGGGUUUAUGAGUGAACGGAUAUCUUGCCAAGACUGAAUUGGAAUGAGGGCAGACUGGGCAGUCUGAGGAUUGAAAGCCUCCAUCACAUAGCAGUUAACUGCUGUUCAGGUUUUUGGUUUCUUCUAUGUAUAAGUCUUCAUACUUGCUUGUAAGAGCUUGUCAUCCGUCAGGACUGUUAUAUAAUAAAUAUUUUUGAAAUAA